ACCUUCCCUUUUGGCCCUCCCCUACAAAUUUCAAACCUUAAAUCCCUCAAUCCCUUCAUUGCCACCCUUCAACACUUCUCUAUUUCACAUCUCACCCUUCUGCCUUGAAUUGGAGUCUGGAUUGCUGCUGCCAAACCAAAUCCGUCUAAGACUGUUGCUGCUGCUACUGCACCACGGCUGCUACUGCACCACGGCUGCUACUGUUGCUACACCAUGACUGCUGUUGCGCCACUGCUCUGCCAUGCUGCACCACUGCUGUGCCAUUGCUCCACCAUUGCUGUGCCACUACUCCGCCACUAAUGCGCCACUACUCCGCCACGGCUGCUACUGCACCACUGCUGCUGUUGUUGCUCAAAGUCGAAGUGGAAGUGUAUAUUUAGAUAUUCUGGUGGGGAACGGGGAUCCCCGUUCCGCGCAGGGAAUGGGGACGGGGCAAAAUCUGCCCCCCGUCAAAAAUCUCCGCGAGGAUCCCCGUCCCAAUCAUUCGCGGGGAUGGGGACAGGGACAGGGACAGGGACAGGGAGGGACUCCCUGGCCCCGCGGGGCCUCAUUGACAUCCCUAGGGAGGAUGCCUCCUUCACCUCGUUUAAAUUCUUUUAAAAAAUAAGAAAAAAGAAGGAAAUAUGGGAAUGGUGAUCGCCAACUACCUAAGUAAAGAAGGAGGAAUUGUGAUCCAUCCAACAAAUCCUCAAACCCAUAAUUUUGGGGGUUGAGUAUAGAUUUUAGAUCAUGUUAAUGACAAUUACAAUAAUAUCAUUUUAUCAAU